AUGCGUUUCUCUUUCACUAUCACUCUUUUGACGCUCGUCUGCGCUUCUACCGCUACUUUGAGACCAUUGUCAAGCGUACUCCGCCGUGAUACGGUUUCAUACGGGUCUCUCGGGCAGGAAACAAGCACUGCCGGACAGCAACAAGGCACUCUCGGGCAGGGACAAGAUACUUCCGGGCAGCAACAGGGCACGCUCGGGCAAAGCUCUGUAGGGUCACAAGCUGGCACUCUUGGGCAACAGCAAGCAAGGGCAUACUUAGCGCAAACGGUCCUUCGUCGCAACCUCUUUCCGAACGGCUCGCCCUACACGCCUGAGGAACAACGGCGCCUGGGGGAGAUGGGCAUUGUGAUUGCGCGUCAUCUUGUCACCCAGGAGAACGCCCCAUUCUACGUACCUUUUGGCUCCACAGUACCACUUCUUGACAACAGGGGUCUUGACUUCAAUCGCUUCCCAGACGGCUCUCCGCUCACGGCUGGAGAGCGCCGGGCACGCUAUGGUCUUGUCACCCAAGAGACCGCCCCUUUCUCCGUGCCUCUUGACGGCACGGUGCCAGUCGCUCGCGCUAAUCAGAACCUCGACUUCAGCCGUCUGAUCUCGGGCUCGCCCGUCGCCGUGCUCCGUCCUCUCUUGGGGGUUUUAUCGCGAACAUAUAAGAAUACGGAACGUGCGCCGCCUUCAGUGGGCGUGGAUCGGGGUAGGGCGUAUCGAGAGAAUGUAGCCGAGGAAGCCAAAACGAUGUUUAGUGUCACCGUAGCCUUAUCACUGGAUGAUUCUUUGGACUGGUCAGAGGCGGGCGACGAGUGA